GCGCUUCCCUCUCAAGCCUCACCUGGGCCCCCACUUCCCUGCCAGUCCCGGGAGGAGCCCUGGGAGGGCCAGCAGCCCCUGCUGCCCGGUGGCCAGCCCACUGACUGCCCCUCCCCACAGCCCACGCGCUGGGGCAGGAACAGGCUCAUCAACGUGAACCACUACGCCAACAAGAAGAGCGCCGCCGAGAGCAUGCUGGACAUCGCCCUGCUGAUGGCCAACGCCUCGCAGCUGAAGGCCGUCAUCGACCAGGGCCCCAGCUUCGGCUUCUACGUGCCCCUGGUGGCCCUCAUCACCAUCUCCCUGGUGCUGCAGAUCAGCGUGGGCGUGCUGCUCAUCUUCCUGGUCAGGUACGACCUCAACAACCCAGCCAAGCACGCCAAAUUGGACUUCCUCAACAACCUGGCCACCGGCCUCGUCUUCAUCAUCGUCGUGGUGAACAUCUUCAUCACGGCCUUCGGCAUGCCCGGCCUGUGCCACCACAGCCUCACAGACCCCAGGAGCUGCCUUGGCCGCGGACCCCGGCCUGGGCGCUGCACCCCUGCGAAUGCCAGAGCCAGGACUGGGCUGGAGGACACUCGCCAGAUGGGGGACAGCAGGAGGCCCGUCCAGGCCCCCGGCAGCCGCUCAGCAGCUGCCCAGGCCCUGCACCAGGCCGCUGCCCGCUGGGAAAGCUCGCGAUACGUGUACUUCCAUAUCGAGCCGCAGCUGCUGCGCUGGCAGCUCCUCGUGCUUGGCAAGGCCUUUGACGUCAUGGACGAACCUCUCGAGUGUCUCCUCCUGAGUGACAGUCAUCGAGGCUCUGGGUGCAGCAUGGACGCCGUCACCCUGGAGUGGCACCCGUCCUCCCUCAGCUGCGCAGCAGCCAGGCACAGGGCGGCCUCAGGACACGCCUAA